CAACGUAGAUAAUGGUUUGGUUAAGCAAAUUGGAGAACCGGCUUCUCAGUUUCCAUCAUCAGUUGUCAGGAUGAAGUUCGCAACAGUAAUCGUGUUACUUGCAAUCGGAGCCUCGUACGCCAAUCGGAUGAACCCCGAUGGGUACGAUCCCUUUGAGCCGUUCAUCUCCGGAGGAACGAAUUCCGUGCUCGGUCAAUUUCCGUCGGUCGUCGCCGUAGGAGUUCCGACUCCGACCAAUGCCUUCUGCGGUGGCAUUAUCCUGAAUGCGAAUCAUGUCCUGACGGCGGCUCUCUGUGUUCUAACGGCCCAAAAUACACUGCUGGCUACGACACAGGUAACGAUUAUGUCCGGUGCGUUGCAGCUAAUCUUCACGAACCCUAGAGUAGCGGUUUCGGCCAUUUACGUCCAUCCGGAGUACAACCCAUUCACAUUCGAAAACAAUGUAGCAGUUUUGCGAACCGCUACGAACUUCGUUCCACCGGAAAGCGCGGAGCCGAACAUCGGUUUUGCCGUUCUUGGUACUGAAAUUCCCUUCGACGGAAUGGCCUGCCAGGCGGUCGGAUGGAACAACGCCACAGCAUCACCAGUUCAGCAGUUCAUCGCGGCACCGAUUCUGAACAGAGACACCUGCGACGCUCUGGCUGUUCACUUUGGACGCAUCGAAGAGUCCAUGAUUUGUGCGGGUGUGGUCACCGCCGGCCCAGGCGUUUGCGCUAGCAACAUGGGCACCGGUCUGUUCUGUGACGGACAGGUAGCGGGAAUUUUGUCCACCGGAUUCGGGUGCGGAGUGGCCAAUAAUCCGGGAGUCUACACCCAGGUACGUUUCUACCAGAACUGGAUCCAGCAGCAGUACCAGCGGCAGGACAUUCCCGCAGCCGGUACGUCACCGAUUCCCGUGUGGUGAUGGUUUUGAUCGAACAAUAAAGUGAUAUUUCAAUGAUAAAA